UGGAGGGAUAGAUGGAUGGAGGGAGCGAAGGACCCCCCACUAACACACGCCUCCCCUAAACCCCCUUACACAGAUACGGGCACCGAGGCCAGAGAGCAGCGAGCGGGUCUGCGGGUCUGGCUGGGGGCGCGCGAGUCAGUGUGUGCCGAGAUGUGCUUGGGUCGGGAGCGUGUGGCCGGCCUCCUCGCCUCCCUCGAGAAACGUGGCCUCGACCUCGCCACCCUCACCGCCCUUCCCGCCUACCAGAAACUCCUCCAGAAGCGCGCGGCGGCCCUCGACGAGAACGACAACAAGAAGGAUGCCAAGAGGAAGGCCAAAGGGAGUGACAAGUGCCUCAAUGGGUCCCUCGAUUCUGACGGAGGCACUGCAGCAGGAGGAGGAGGAGGAGGGAAGGAAGGCGUGGGUGUGGGCGGCGGCGUGAGGGCACCACGUGGGCUGUGUUACGCCGUCGUGGUGUGCGUGGUGAGCCUGGUGGUGGGCGUCGUGUACCACUACGAGCUGAACACACACCACGGCUUCGCGAGGUUUUGGCUGAAAUGGGAGAACGUGGACCUCAACGCUGAACAGUGCACGAUCGACAUGCCGCCCUCCGUGCAGGACGUGUUCCGGCCGCCGGUGGAGUGUGACAUGUGCCGCGACGUGCGAGAGGUGGAGCGCGUGCACACCAUCACGCCGCAGCACUUCGAGGAGAGGUAUGCGUACAGCGGACGGCCGGUGGUGGUGACGGACGGACAGAGGAACUGGUCGGCGCCGCACACCUUCUCCUUCGCCUUCUUCAAGUCCAUCUACGCGGACGACUCGCCGGUGCUGGAGAACUUCGAGCGCGACUGCCAGUUCUUCCCCUACCAGACGGAGUUCAAGAACCUGCGACACGUCUUCAACAUGACGUCGGCACGAGCGAACAUGCAAGGCGACCCCUGGUACAUCGGAUGGAGCAACUGUGACUCCUCCGCUGCCAACAUCCUGCGCAACCACUACGAGCGGCCGUACUUCCUGCCGCAGGCCGCCGAGUCCUCCAAGACGGACUGGAUCUUCAUGGGCACGCCGGGCUACGGGGCGCACAUGCACAUUGACCACGUGGGCAACCCUUCCUGGCAGGCCCAAAUAAGAGGCAGGAAGCUGUGGACACUUGAACCCCCGCCUGAGUGCUUCUUCCAGUGCGUGGGCGUGGAGGUGGUGGUGGAGCCGGGGGAGAUCAUUGUUCUAGACACCAACAUUUGGUACCACAAGACCCUCAUCGUGUCGGACGAGCUCAGCAUCACAAUCGGCUCCGAGUACGACUAAGACGACACGGAGAACCAGAACGGAGCGAGGAGAGGCGACCACCAGGAGACGCGGAAAGAGUACAGCCACAGAUCAAUACAAGGGAGAGAAUAUGAAGAAUAGCCAAGAUUUGCACUAUAAGAAACUAUAAUAUAAGGAAAGGACUACGAGACUGUAUGAAAAGGAAAAUAUGGGUAGACAUCAUCCAGGAGAGUGAAGGGAAAGCAUAAUUACGUGGCUAUGAGAACGAUGAAAUAAUGAUAACAAGGAAAAUAAAGGAAAUUAGUUAAGACUGUGAGGGAAGAUUAUGAAGGAUGGCAAGGAAAAGUACAACCAUACACACCUAAAAGAAAGGGAAAAAAGGGAAAACAGCCUCCCGAAUGGUAUAGGAAAAGCCAGAACUAUGUCUCCACGAUAAAGAAAAAUAGAUAUCAAUAAAAAUAAUGGAGAAUGAGAUGAACGAAUAUAGGAAAAGCAGGAAGCAAGAGGGAAAGGAAUUAGAUAGAAUAACGGAAUUAGGUAGUUCUAAGGAUAAUAUAGUAAAUGAAAUAAGGGGAAUCAUUAAGGAAAAAAUGCAGGUAUCGGUAUACAAGAAAAUAAUUAAGGAUUGCAAGGGAAAAAUAUAUUUGAGAGAAUAAAAUGGCAAAAGAAGUUACGAAAUACAGAUGGAAUAAACUCAAAGUGGAUUACAUAGAUCAAAUUACCUAAAAAUGUUUGCAGAAAAGAACGACCGACAGAACGCAGAGAAACAUACAGAUUGUUAAGAUUAGUUGCAGAGUGUAAUAUAUAACCCCAGUGUAGCAAAAGAAAGAAAGAAAGAAAGAAUUGUAUAGAACUGCACAAAAGAGGGAGAAAGGAAUGAGAGAAACGCUGAAAUAAAAUGAAACAGAGAAUAAGAUAGACAAGAAUAGUAAGAAAGAGUAAAAGUGCAGAGGCAGUAAAAUGGAAGUAAACAAAAAUACGAAGGAAAAUCUAGAAUGCAUUAAACCAAAACAAAAUAGAGGAAGAAAAAAACAAAACAAGACAAACGAGAAAAUAAACAACACAACAAUACGCCGGAACGGAACAAAGAGAAAAGAAGAAAACAAAAGACGAAGAAGAUAAAAGAACAAAGAACAAUCCACACAUUAAUAAGAGCGAACAGGGAGGAGGAGAGGGAAGGAGAAUAAAAGAAGGGAAUAUACGCGAAACAGUGACAAAGCGGGAGGAGGAAAAAUAGUAACAAGAACAGGCGAUACAGAAGGCCUCGGAGGCACGCAAGUUAUAACAAGAGGAAGAGGAAGAGGAGGAGGAGGAGAAUGAGGACUGUGAGGACGAACAAGACAAACAACAGAAGCGGACGAGAGGGAAACGGAGAAGAAUGCGUCGAAUGAGGAGAAAGGAGGAGGAGGAGAAAGGAGGGAAUAAGAGAAAGAGGAAGAGGAACAAGAGGAGAGUCAAUUAAGUCACGGGAAGCAAGAGGAAGAUAAGUGGCCGUGAAGACUUGGAGGAAAACGAAUAUUGCUCGUCCUAAUUUUUUGUUGAAGUUAUUGUAUUCUGUUGUAUUGCGAGAGAGAGAGAGAGAGAGAGAGAGAGAGAAUGUGUCUCUUAAACUGUCAUCAUUCACUUAAACUACAAUUAGCGACAUUCUCUCUCUCUCUCUCUCUCUCUCUCUCUCUCUCUCUCUCUCUCUCUCUCUCUCUCUCUCUCUCUCUCUCUCUCUCUCUCUCUCUCUCUCUCUCUCUCUCUCAUAUGAAGUUCCUGUGUUAUAUAUAUUUACGUUUGAUUGUAUUUUUUUUCGCCCAAUUGUAUUUUUUUCGCCCAUGAUUUUAUUUUUGUCUCCCAUGAUUGUAUUUUUUCGCCCAUGAGUUUAUUCUUGUCGCCAAUGAUUGUAUUUUAUCGACCAUGACCAUUUUUUCGCCCAUGAUUGUAUUUUUUUCGUCCAUGAUUUUAUUUUUUCGCCCAUGAUUAUUUUUUCGUCCAUGACUAUUGUUUUGGCCAUGACUGAAUUAAUUUAGUGCAGUAUUAUGUUCUAGGUUUCAUCACCCAUUCAUUUAUUUCACAUUUUUUACACAAACAUAAACUCUAGUGACUCACCCUGACGCAAAAUCAAAAACAAAACAAAAAACACCAGAAGCCAAAAUUGCGGUUGCGUGCCCUACCUGGUUGAGUGGUUUAAGAGGUGGCUUCCAAUCUAGCUGGUCAUGGUUCGCUUCCCGGCCAAGGAGAGUUGAUCCCUCCCCCCAAGGCUUAGAUUAAUCUCUCGUGUGCUCCUAAAUGACCAGAAGCUCGCAUCACAAAACUCUAUACUUUUUGCCGCUCUGAUUAAUAAAGCACAAACUCAACACUUUCUGGUAAAAACGUUUUGUCACCGGGGAAACGUUUCUUUUUCAUCUCACGUGAACUAUUUUUUCUUAUAUAAUGAAUUUUCCUUUUUUUUUAUGGGGGGAGGGGUCAUUUUUUAAGAGAAGCGAGAUGGUCGAGAGGGUUAGAUUUAGGUUUGGCAGUGAAGAGCCGGGAGAAAGGGGAGGCGGUUCUAUUUCCAGUGGUACCGAAUGAAGUCAGGAAGGGCAUCCGGUCUUAAACCCAAAACAACAACACCUACAAACCACAACCACGACCAGCGUCAAAGCGUCAACCAUUGAAUCUAUAGGAAGACAACGCAAAGUUAAUUUCUGGAAUAUGUCAGAACAGUAUUACCGGUUUUCUCUUUAGACAAACUGAAGAAUAUUACAUCGGAGUAUAUGAAUUAGCUCUCACGUGAACCUACCUUCCUUUUAAUUAAUAUAAGGCACAAGUAUCAUUAUCAUUUUUAUCUAUUUGCAUUAUUUCUUUAGUGAGUUUGUAUAUUAUUUCAGACAAGUAUUACAUAUUUCCCUCAUUGAAGUAAGGGGAAGAACAUUACUACAGAACAUAUGCACAUUUUUAUAUAAUGAGUUCGGUAACAUUAUUCUUAUUUAAUUGCGAUGCUUCUUCAGUGAGUUUUUAUAUAUCAUCUCAGACAAGUAUUACACAUUGAUUUUACUCAUUUAAGUAGGGGGAUAAUAUUAACACUGAUCAUUAAUGCAUUUACCAGGUGCUGAACGAGAGGUGUUGACAAUAGUUUAAUAGUGCGAGUGACACCUGAGCGCUUGAACAGGUGAUUUUCAGGUGAGGAGACUAGACGCUACGAUGGAACGAAAUUUUCACGCACACGCACGCACACACACACACACACACACACACACACACACACACACACACACACACACACACACCUGUAAACCAAACAUGUACCUGUGAUGAAAUGUCUAGUCUUACGUUGUGGCACACGCACGUAUAGUCAAAAAUAUAUAUACCAUUCGUGUGUGUGUGUGUGUGUGUGUGUGUGUGUGUGUGUGUACCUGUAUUUACCUGUUGUUGUUGUUUUCCCCACCCUUACAUGUAGCGCAGUGUAUCGUACCUAUGUAUAAGUCUACAGGUAAGUAAGUCUCUAUAUAGUCAAGGUAACUCGUCUUCGGUGUGAUCUAUAUUUUUGCAACCUCAAAAAUGAACGCUGGCAUCAA